AUGCAGCGACUUCUGCACAGCAGCAUCAGCGGAGGUAUCUCAGCCACUUCAGGUGUUCGAUGUCUGGGUCAUCGAUUCGUGGCGGCAUGUUGCCGGGCUCAGCGUGCGGCCAUUUCAAGGAGCGCCCCAAUGGUUAGCACACUGGGCCGUGUGAAGAGUUCGUACGGGAGGAUAUCCUAUGGGUAUUCUUCACAAGAUGGAUAUCGCGUGUCUCAUGUAGGGGGUCGUACACACUACGUGCAUCGCCUGGUGGCUCAGGCAUUUCUUGGACCACCGCCAACAGAGCAUCAAUAUGAAGUGCACCACGUUGACAGCAACAGAAGCAACAACAGCCUGCACAAUUUGCAGUAUGUGACGCGCAGCCAGAAUGUGCUUUAUUCUUGGCAGAGGCCCAACCGAGGCAGUGCUGCAGGUGCUAUUUCGAUUCCUGUGCUGGGUAGGCGUGUUGGAGACUACGUAUGGCAGCGAUUCGUUUCCAUGAUUGACGCCGAGCGGCAAACCGGGGUGUCCACUAGCUCUGUCCGCAAUUGUUGCGGUGGCAGGUUGAAGGAAUCGAAAGGUUGGCAGUUUGAGCUUGCGGAGCCUGAGGCUCCUGAUACUUUGACUGGGGAGCAAUGGGUCAAGGCAUUGAUUCCAGAUUCUGGUGAAACAGUAUGUGGAUGGGAGGUCAGCUCAUUCGGUCGAAUGCGCACUCCGCGAGGCCGGAUCACUUGGGGAUGUAGAGGACCAUCUGGGUAUUUCUCUGUCGGGGUUUCUAUUGGCGGGUAUCAGAAAAAGUUCCUUGUGCAUCGGAUUGUAGCACGCAGUUUUCUGACCGAAGGGCCCCCACCCGUCCCUUGGGUCAUCAAUCAUAUAGAUUGCAACCCGAGCAACAAUCAUGUUGAGAACCUAGAGUAUGCGACGCAGUCGCACAAUAUCAAACAUUCCUACCGAGUCAACAGCAGACGGCGUUCCAACGCGGAUGCUGUUUCAAAGCCUGUUUGGGGACGACGGCUUGGUUCUGACCACUGGCAGUUGUACCCCUCUGGGGUGGAAGCGGCCAGAGCAUUGGAUGUGCACCCGGGAAGAGUUUCAGAUUGUUGCCGCGGUGUUCAAAGGAAAUCGAACGGUUGUGAGUUUCGAUUUGCGGCGCCCACGAUCCCAGACAUAUUGGCAGGAGAGGUGUGGAGGACGAUUGAAUUCGCCGUCUAG